AUUCUUUGGAAUUUAAGAUAGGUAAAGCUCUAAGCUUAAGAUCUUUGAACAGCUCAACGCCAUAGUAAACCAACAGUUAACAUGUGUACUUGUUUCCAGAAAUAGUCCAUUCCUCCUCCUGCACCAUAAGCUCACUUUACAUUUCUGAUAUCAUCUUUACAACAAAAUUGAUUAAAUUCACACUUUCCCCCCAAAAUAUUCAGUUACAUGUUAUUACUCUUCCUUCCUUUUUAUUAUGAAAAAAUUGCAUCUGACAGAAAUGGGCAUUAGGGUCGCAAACAGGAUUAGAAACCUCAUUCCUUAAUGGAAGAACACUGAAAUGGGAUUAAUGCAAGUUCACUAGUAAUGCAUAUAAGUUCCUACUCAAACAAUUCUCAUUUUUUAAAAAAAUUGAAAUGCUCACUUUUAUUAUACAAUGUUUCUUAAAGUAUGUAGUAACCUGGUGCAAAUCAGCAGAUGAAACUAGAUUUUUUUUGUUGUUGAAAAAAAUCUCACCGUAAACAGCAAGAGAAAUCACAAAGCAGCUUUCUGUUUUAUGCUGCUCUUGUUGAUGAAGGUAGUCUCUGGUGAUUGGCUCCAAAGGCUAGUGAUGGCAGGAAUCUGGGGAAACUUCCAGAAUCCUCAUCAAAGGUGUAACUAUUCCCUUGCCUCCGACAUUUUUUUUUUUAAAGUCUACUGAUUUGAUUAUGCAUUGCUUGCUUGGGAUAAAUGAGGUUGUCUUGCAGGCUGUUCAUUAAGGGUUUUCAUGCAGAGCCCUGAUCUAAAUGUGGCAUUCUGCAUUUGUGGGCAACUGCAGAGAGUGGGUGUAAGACGUCUGUGAAUCUCAAAAUGCCAAAAAUAGCCCUAAAUUGCAAAAGCCUGCUAGGGAGUCACGUGUGUUUAUCAGUUCAUGCUGUGAGCGGAGAAUUAAUUCUUCAUAUAUAAAUGUGCAAUAUCUUGAGUUAGCCUUCCCUUCAAUGCUGUUGUUGCCCUACACAUACAGAAAAAGCACAUACAGUCUGUUGCCCUACACAUACAGAAAAAGACACAAAUCCUUAUGAAUCUGGUGGUGGGCAGGAAGUUGGAAGUUGAGCAGGGUCUGUGGGUUCUCUGGAGAAAGGGCCUUCCUGCUGAAUCCCCAUCUCUUUUGGCCUUGGCUUACCCAACUUUAGCAGCAGUCAGUUGCAGCCCUGGGUGGGCACUAUUUAAAUUUCCCACAAUGCCCCAGAGUACCACUUCAUUGGGGGAAUUGGGGGGAAUAAAAUGGCACCUAGAACAGCCAGCCAGUGUGAGGUGGGGGAAAAUCUAAAGUGGGGGGCUAGACAAACAUUAGCACUGGGCCUCACCAGGGAUUUGGGGUCUCGACAGCUGCCCAUGGGCACUGAGUGCUGAAGUCUUCCCCUGAAGGGAAGACCAUUACGGGGAAAAAUGGCAAGAUUAUGUCUUUAUUAGAAGUGGAAAAAUAUUUUUAAAUCUAGUUUUUUUUUAAAAAAUUGAUUACUCAUUUCUGAUAUGUAAGUUAGCAUUCUAAUGGACUGGAAAACUGAAACGGUAUCUGAAAUGGUCAUUAUCUACAUAAAAGUUCCAAUGUAUAUACAGUAAGUAGGAUAUGAGGAUGGUAAUAGUCUCUUCCUAUUAUGCACGUUUAAAAUUAUUUAUAUUUUUAAAACUUUGUAAGUUUUAUAACUUUAGGAUGUAGCUGGGAAACUGAACUGAGUUUCUAUCUCAGACCCAUAGCCGUCAACUUUCAGAUUUGAAAAUAUGGGAUCAGCAGCAUCACCCGUCCUGGGGACAGUCUAUGGUAUAUCUAACAAUCCAGGAUAGCAGUGGGAAACGGCACUGGAAUAAGGGAAUUUCCAGCAAAAAAAAGGGAAGGCUGACAGCUGUGGCUUGGAAUAUGGGAGUUUCCCCGCAAAAAAAGGGAGGGUUGACAGCUAUGCUCAUACCUUACUGAAGUACUGUACCCUCUUAAUUAGCUGUGUGUCACAUGUGCUUUCUGAAAAUGUGGAUUGACCCUGUGCUUGCGUGUUGUGUGGUGUAUCAUUGGAGAACUGUGUCCAUGACUCCAAUGUCUGGUGCUUACCGAGCUAAAGUGCAUCAUAUAAUUUAUGAGCCACUUAACCAGAAAUUGUACAGAGGCCAGUCCAAAGCUCUCUGUAUUCAGAGCCUCUUUCCUUUAGUUAGCUUCAACUUUUGACACACGUGACACCGAAACAUGUUUUAAGGUCUCCUCAUAGGCUAAUGCAUUGUGUAAGCAAGCCCCGAGUGCUGCUGAAACCGUAUCACUUUCACCCUCUUUAUAGAAGUAAAACAUAAGCUUUAAAUGGUGGUUUGUUUUUUAAAGUGUUUUUACAACUUUCCGUCACUGUUUCACUAGGGAUUUAAAUAUUGAACUUCCUUGUUUCUCCACACAUGAGGCUUGAACUGGCUUUUCUUUGAGAGCGUAGAACUACUCUGGCAGUAAUUUACCGGUGCACAAAAUGUCUCAUCUGCCAUAUAAUAACUGUGACAAAACAGGGCAUAACUAUCUCUCUAGAAGUUCUAAGGUCCUUUUUACUUUUGAAAUUGGUGCUUUCCAACACCAUGCAAUGCUUGGUAAGAACACAAAGUUGUUUUGUCUGUUUUAAAUCUGAGUGAGCCCAAAACUGGUUCUUGUACAGUAUUCAUUUUCUUUGUUACCUCCAAGUGUAAAUCACUCUCUCUAAUAGCUGGUUUGGCUGGUGAGUGCUGACAGGAUUGUAGCCAAAAUGAGGCCACUGAAGCAAGAGAGAAUGAUUGGCAUGGAUCCCAGAAGUACAGAACAUAUUUGAGAAGAAAUGCCCUAAGAGCUGCCCCCCCCAACCCCAGUCUGGCUAAAGCUGAGCAUGCUGAGUGGACUCGAAAGGGACAAAAGUAAAAGGGGGUGGCAUUGAAUGGAUUGGAGUAUCCUGGAAGAGGGCGUUUCUUGACUGAGCAGGAGUUUUGUUGCAGGUCUCAUUUGUACUUUACUAGUUCAUCUUCUCCAUGGAGUUUCCUUGGCAAAAUACUGGAGUGGUUUGCCAGUUCCUUCUCCAGGUGGAUCACAUUUACUCUAAACUCUCAUCUAUGACCUGUCUGUCUUGGGAGAGAGCUGGAGAGCUGGACCAUCAAGAAGGCUGAUCGCCGAAGAAUUGAUGCUUUUGAAUUAUGGUGCUGGAGGAGACUCUUGAGAGUCCCAUGGACUGCAAGAAGAUCAAACCUACUCAUUCUGAAGGAAAUCAGCCCUGAGUGCUCACUGGAAGGACAGAUCCUGAAGCUGAGGCUCCAAUACUUUGGCCACCUCAUGAGAAGAGAAGACUCCCUGGAAAAGACCCUGAUGUUGGGAAAGAUGGAGGGCACUAGGAGAAGGGGACGACAGAGGACGAGAUGGUUGGACAAAAUACGAAUAGAGGACUUCGUAUGAUGAAUCUUUUAUUAUGGCCAACGACACCCUGGAAGGUUUUCACGAAGUGAAUCUAGCCUCACCCACCACUCCAGAUCUUCUAGGAGUGUAUGAAUCCAGUGCUUCUGAACAAACUACCUCACCCACGGUCAUCUACCGGCUUCAUGCCUCAGCUGUGUGCUCCACGCCAAUUCAGCCGAGUGCCCUGAACGUCUCUGAUCUUCCUACACAACCCGUCUAUUCAUCUCCUAGGCACCUCAAUUGUGCAGAAGCAUCAGGUAUCAGCAUCAAUGUUACAGAAACCAUUCCUUGUUCUACCUCGGGACUCCAAGGUGCGCCGUCCAAAUAUGAUAAUUCCAGAAAGGCAAGCGGCAAUGCCGAGAGAGAAUUUUUGCAGGGAGCAACCAUAACAGACUCCGCUGAAGGAAGUGAUGAUGUUUUGGGACUGAGCACAGACAGUCUGUCUCGCCUACGGAGCCCAUCGGUUUUGGAAGUCAGAGAAAAGGGCUAUGAAAGAUUAAAAGAGGAACUUGCUAAAGCUCAGAGGGAGCUGAAGCUGAAGGAUGAAGAAUGUGAGAGGCUUUCUAAAGUGCGCGACCAACUCGGACAGGAAUUGGAAGAACUUACUGCCAGCCUCUUUGAGGAAGCACACAAAAUGGUGAGGGAAGCGAACAUAAAGCAGGCGACAGCUGAAAAACAACUGAAAGAAGCACAAGGAAAAAUUGAUGUCCUUCAGGCUGAAGUAGCAGCCCUGAAAACGUUAGUGCUGUCCACUUCGCCCACGUCGCCCACGAAAGAGCUUCAAUCUAGUGGAAAGACCCCCUUCAAAAAGGGCCAUGCGAGGAACAAGAGUACGAGCAGUGCGAUGGGGGUCAGCAACCAAGAUGUCGCCAUGAUGCAGCCAAUUGUGAAAGACUGCAAAGAGGCUGACUUAGCUCUGUAUAACGAAUUCAGAUCCUGGAAGGAUGAUCCCACUAUGGACAGGGGAUGCCCUUUCCUGGAUAAAAUCUAUCAGGAAGAUAUCUUUCCGUGUCUGACCUUCUCAAAAAGUGAGGUAACGUUUUGGAACCAUAUACAGGAACUCGCUUCCUCAGGAGGCGGUGAUGGCUACCAGUUUGGAUGGCUUUCAAAAUUUGUGGAGGAGAAAGCUUCCAACCAUGAUGGCUACUACUUUCUGCCUCUAUGGUCAGAGCAGAAUGCUUCUGAAUGCCAAUUGCUAGAAACCACAGGAUCCUGCUUUGCAGGUUUUUCACAGGCAUCCGGUUGCUUGCUGUCCAGAGACUCAGGGUUCAGCUACCCUGAAAAAGUGUUUUAUAUGCAUUAUAACACUGUGACACCGGAUGGCGGUGUAAUGUCCCGUCUUUCAUCAACGGGAUUUCCCGUUACGAAGUUUACAACGCGUUUUCCCAAAACACGUUUUUGAUGUGCCUAGAUCCAGCCUAAGUGUGUACAGAGGUACCUCGACUUACGAAGGCGAUCCGUUCUGCGGCGCUCUUCAUAAGUCGAAGUCUUCAGUUGCGAAGCGCUGGUUUUGCGCAUGCGUGAAGCGUGAUUUUGCGCUUCUGCGCAUGCACCGACCACGCACACCACUUCUGCGCAGGCGCAGAACACGCACGCGGCGAAAAGACUUCUGGGUUUGUCGACUUCGGAAGUCGAAACCUUCGGAAGUCAGUUGUUCGGAUGUCGAGGUACCACUGUAGUUGUUUCAGGGUAGCAUGCUGUGUAUUUAAUAUCUUUAGGAAAUUUCAACAGAUCUAAACUACGUGCUCCAUUUUCAGCUGGCCUCUGCUGUCUUGGAAGCUGUGGAAAACAAUACCUUAAGCAUUGAACCAGUUGGCUUGCAACCUGUUCGAUUUGUGAAAGCUUCUGCGGUUGAAUGUGGAGGACCAAAGUAUGUUCAAACUGGUGGAAUCGGAUC